UCUGAGCAGUGACUGUUUCUGAGGUAGCCAGUUAAUCGCAAAAGGCUAGUACAUACGUCGUACAUCCUUGGAUGGGUGGGGCGCAUGUUGUUGAUGGCACUAAAGACACCGUCGCGCUGACUUCUCUUGAUCCUCAUUCCCGUCUUUGCUUCACAUUUCGCCGCCAGCCUCAGCAAAAAUGGCAUUUGUCUGGAGCGAUGAUUUGGUAACUUCAGAGUCCCGGCACAUCAUUGUGUUUUCAGGGCCUUUCCUUUGUUUACCCUCACAGAAACAUGCCAAAGUCUCAUCCUACGUACGUCUUGCCCCUUCGUCUUCAACGCCACACUGCCUUGCAUACAGCAGCGAUACAGUGGAUCGUCAUUCCAACUCUCCGUACAAGCGGCCUAAAGGAAGGGACAAGAAGAUCUACGCCAAGACUAAGAGAAGGUCACACAAAUCUCGAGUAAUUCAAGGAGAUGACACUUUGGCUGGUACCCAAGCUCCCCUACAUUUGGCAUCUGCCAACUCCCGUGGCGACUCCCUGGUUUCCGCAGACGAUGACUCUUCUGGCUCUUGGUAUAGUAUCUACGAUGGUGAUGUCCCCCUAGUCGCUCGAUCUGGUGUCUGCAGCGGCAACACGUAUUACUAUCCAUCUGAAGAAUCGACAGGUGUCCUGCCCGCGACAGAAGGAGCUCCUCGGCACAACUACGACGCAAAUGACUUGUCCCUAGAUGGCCUCCAACACCGGUAUGCCGAAACUGAAGUUGGCUUUCGGGCAUUUGCUGAUCUUCGCAGUCUAUUAGAAAAAAUGGAUAUGUGGAUCGCCAGCUACUCACAAAGAACCACAUUCUCUGGGGGAUACACUGAUGCCAGCAAUGAUCUUCAGCGGGACGAUGCUGUGUUUCCUCUGCUUGGGUACUAUUCGACGGUCGGGAACGCCUUUCAGCCCAACUUGGAAGCUCGAGGGGAUGGAGAGCCUUUGUCUCCCAUCACAGAUGCCGAGCGUAGCGAAGCCUAUACUGCGUGGGAAGACGAGUUCUGUGUCUAUGAUCAUAGUCACCAAGGACGCUUUAUGUUUGAUGGAGACGUUGAGCCGGAAGCCCGUUCUGAGGCGACGUGGCCCGACUCGUGUACAUUGUAAAUUUUAUCAGAAAAUGGUGAUACCAUCCGUCAUUAGAUAUAAUAAGUACAGUAAUACAUACUAGUCAUACUGUGGACGACAA